AUGAGAGAGAGGGCGGGGUGUGGGUAGUUGAAGCCGCUGACGCCACUCGAAUAACGGGACCGAAGAGGCUGUCUUUUUCUGUCCGGGCCGGCUGUGGCAGCGGCGGACUUUCACGCUUAAACAGCCUUUGGGUUUAUUACCAAAAAAACAAACAAUUGGGAGUGCCAUGAAAAAAGAAGAAUAACGACGAACACAAUUAGCUACUAGCAAUAACGGAAGAGCGACGAAGAGCCUAGCUUAAACGGCUCGGGCCAAAACAGAAAGGGGAGUUAAAGAGAGUGAAAAGUGAAGCAAGAGAGGGGAUUUAUUGUCUCUAAAGCAGACAUGGCAGAUGCAGAGCUGGAUUUCCAGACAGGCGAUGCCGGGGCAUCUGCGACCUACCCCAUGCAGUGCUCGGCCCUGCGCAAGAAUGGCCACGUUGUGCUUAAAGGACGACCCUGCAAGAUCGUUGAGAUGUCCACCUCCAAGACGGGCAAGCACGGCCACGCCAAGGUCCACCUGGUCGGCAUCGACAUCUUUUCCGGGAAAAAGUAUGAAGACAUCUGUCCUUCCACUCACAACAUGGAUGUGCCCAACAUCAAGAGAAUGGACUACCAACUGAUUGGUAUCCAAGAUGGCUACCUGUCCCUGCUCCAGGACAGCGGGGAGGUGAGAGAAGACCUGAAGAUCCCCGAGGGGGACCUGGGCAAAGAGAUAGAGAACAAACACGAUGCCGGGGAGGAGAUCCAGGUGACUGUUCUCAAUGCGAUGGACGAAGAAGCCGCCAUUGGCAUCAAAGCCUUGGGUAAAUAAGCCGGCCACCGCAGGGGAUUGCACUGGACACCUGUGGGGGGAAAAGAAGGGAGGGAACUCGACGCUAUCCUCUCCGUCUUUUUCUUCUGUCUUUCUUUUUCCACACUUCUUAAUGGGUCAUUUUCUAGAGAUGUAUUAAUGAGAAAUAAUUGCAAGGCGAACGAGGUCGAGCUACUCCUUUGUGAGCAAAGGUGGCACUAAUGUUUUGGGUUUUUUGUAUCAUAAGGGCUGAAGAGUUGCUCAUUUUAUUUUUAGCACUUUUUUUUCUUUUUUUUUGCGAUUUAUCUCAAGUAAGCCCUUACCACCUCCUCUUUGUUUUAUUUUCUGCAACAUUAAUAAUCACCUGGAAAUUAAAAACGGAAGAUUACCAACAUGGUAAAAGCAGCGUCUGUUCAUCCUCAUCCUUCUGUCUCAACCUUAAAAAUAAAGCUUGACAUUUUUUUAAAUUGUUGACAAAGACAGCUAUAAAAUACUUGUGUGGAAACUUUGACAAGUGAAAAUCAUUUUCAGAAAAUACUGUAAUUUUAUACUGUAAAAUUGAUUAAUUUAGAAAAAUAUUUCAUCUUAUUUAAUUGCCUGUUAACUUCUCUUUGCCUUUAAAAGAACAUUUAGCUCUUUCAGAGAGACAAUUAAAUAAAAAUAAAAAAAUAAAAAAUGGAAAUAGACAGUAAAUUGUCCUCAUAGCAAAUUAAAAUUCAUAAUAAAAAAAUUGAUUUUAAAAGAAGCAGUUGAAUUAGCAGUUUUUUGCGAAUGCUACAUAAAGUUAAUAUAUAAAUAGCACAUAAUUUAAUUGACUGUUAAUUGUCACCUUAGCAAUUAGAAUUAAUGUAAAUAUAUCAGCAGCAUUCCAGUUCUAUCAGGUGGACACUAAGGCGUUCCCAGGCCAGCUGUGAGUCAAAAUCCCUACAGCAUGUCCUAAGUCCACCAUGGGGCGUCCUUACAGCUGGGCAUGCUCCAAAGACUUCACCAGGCUGGCACCAAGGAGGUAUCUGCACUGGAUGCCCAAGCCACCUCAACUGGCUCCUCUUGAUGUAACAGAGCAACGGCUCUACUCUGAGCUCCUCCCGGAUGACUCACCAUCUCACCAUCUUUUCUUAGAGCAAGUCCAGCUCCCUACGGAGGAAUCUCAUUUCUGCCACUUGUAUCAGCAAUCUUUCUUUGGGACACAACCCAAAGGUUGUGACCGUAGGUGAGGAUAGGAAGGAAGAGCGACCGGUAAAACUCUUCACCACGACGGCACAGCAAUGGCAGUACUACAUAAGCUGCACUGACUUGCCUGUCGAGCUCACGCGCCAGCCUUCCCUCCCUCAAGAGCCACACAAUAUCCCAAGAUACUUGAACUCCUCUGCUCCUCUACGAAAGGUACUUCAGUGGGUUUGAGAAGGGCCCCUUGAAUAACCGUAUUUCUGGACUAUAAGUCACACUUUUUUUUCAUGGUUUGGCUGGUCCUGCGACUUAUGUAUGUUUUUUUUUACACUGACAGCCACGAGAGGGCACUCUACGCUUGUGUGCCAGUAUCUGCUACUCCUUUAACUCCUGCACCACUGAAAAUUGUAUUUUUGCCAACUUUAAUUUCAUUUUUAGUAAUAUAUUAAUUGUCCCAAUAGACAAUUAAAAUAAAUCUAAAAAUAUUUAAAACAAAAUAUGUUCAAAAAUACAUCUUCAGUGGGAAAAAAAUAAGUAAACUGGUGGAGUUGCUCAGCAUUUUAAUAAGCAAGGUGCAGUAAAAGCUUUGAAAACACUAAUUCAUAUUAUGCCUAUAGAAGCAGAUGAUACAAUUCACGAUUUUAUCCAACCAAGGCUAGUUUGUUGGGGUUUUUAAAUGUUUUUUAAUUCACAGAAAUUCAGUGUAAACAUUGGAACAGUGGACUUGCAUGAAAUAAAAUACAAAUGUUA